CUGUGUUAAUGCAAGUUAUGUUUGCCGCCCUCUACACUGAGCUGAUUAAAACUGCUGAGAAAUAUGAGAAGUUAAAGGAUGAGGGCAAAGCUUCCAUUUGUUAUACCAUAUCCGAGGCAAUUUGCUCCAUUGAUGAGGAUGACAAACAUACCGACCAGAUAGAGCUGUUUUUAAAGCAGGCUAAGGAUAGUAUAAUUUUGGAAAGUUAUGGUUCUUCGGGUCGUGGUCCGGGUGGUAUGAGUGCUGUGAGCACGGUUAAAAUUGAUGAAAUUGGUACGGCCGAUUCGGAUCGUUUGAGUCACAGUCCUCCGGCUAAUUAUGCCAUGGAGUUGGAGGUUGGCAUUACCGAUUUCAUUGCAGAGGUCUUGACCAGUGAUGUAUUGACUACGGACAUUGGUAAACAGGCUUUAAAGGUCUGUUACAACUACUUGAAAAACAACAAAGAUUGGCUAAUGGAACAGUUGGGCACCAGCGUAAACGAUCCAAGCGCAUUUCAAGGGGUACAGGGACAAAAUGUCAAAGAAACCAAACCCUCACUACUUAGAACUAUGUUCUUCAUAGAAAAUACUCCCUUUGACCAGUUAUUAACGGGUUCCUUGAAAAUUGAGUAUGUUACAUGGCUGCAAACUCCCCUGUCAUUAAAUCCAGAACGUGCUUGGUUGCAUUUGGCGCGUCGCUGUGACUUUCAAGAAGAUGUCAAACUAACAAUGCCGGAAGUAGCCAUGGUUGCCAGCAUACAAAAAAUCAUGAAGAAACGUAAAAAUUAUGGAAAGUAAAGAAAAAAAAAACAAAAUGAAAUAAACUAAACUAAAAAUAAUGUUACCGAUUUAUCACAAACAAAAUUUAAAGUUGAAAAAUUUGUAGAAAUUUGUUUAGAAUUUAAUGACAAAUUAAACCUGUUAUGAAAGGAUACGAGGACAACAAUUGUGGCUAAAAAGAAAAACAAAUUCUUUUGAA